UAGGGUUUCAACUCACCACGGGAAUUCAUUGUAACUCAGGGACCAUUACAUAGCACACGAGAUGACUUUUGGAGAAUGGUGUGGGAACAGAACUGCCGUGCCAUCGUCAUGCUGACUAGAUGUGUUGAGAAAGGAAGAGAAAAGUGUGAUCACUACUGGCCAUUUGAUAUGCAGUCUGUAUAUUAUGGAGAUAUCCAAGUUACCAUUUUAACAGAAUCUCAAUAUGCUCAUUGGACUAUUUCAGAAUUUAAAGUUUGCAGGGGUGAACAAUCUAGAAUAGUUAGACAUUUCCAUUUCACAACAUGGCCAGAUUUUGGAGUACCAGAUCCCCCUCAAACGCUGGUAAAAUUUGUCAGGGCAUUUCGAGAUAGAGUUUUAUUUGAUAGCAAACCUGUUAUUGUUCAUUGCAGGUAAGUAAAUAGGAAAGUAAAUGAUACAUGCAGCCAUAACAUUGUAAAUGCCAUUUUUCUCUAAAUACUAUGACAAUAGUGAUGCUGUAAGUGGCUAUAUUUUGAAGUUUAAUUUAUGUGAAGUCAUAACAUUUAAAGUGUCAGAUCACGUGACUUUUGGUAUCGAAAAUGUUAUGGCUUAUAUUUGCAUC